AUGUCCCACGACCUCAGCAACGUCAAAGCCCUGACCUUCGACGUCUUCGGGACGGUCGUGGACUGGCGCUCCUCCGUGACCGACGAGCUCAAAUCACGGGCCUCUACAAAGCUGGAGUCGGACACCAUCACAGCCGAAGACAAAAAAGCACUCGCCGCCGUGGACUGGAGCAGGUUCGCUCAGGACUGGCGAGACUCGUACAAGGAGUUCACCCACGGCUACGUGCCGGGCAAGACGGAGUGGAAAGACAUCGACGCACACCACCACGACAGUCUCGUCUCCCUCCUCGAGACGUACUCCCUCCAAAACGUGUACUCGGCCGACGAAGUGCGCGACCUGAGUCUCGUGUGGCACCGUCUCCGCCCCUGGCCGGACUCCUCCUCGGGCCUACGUCGUCUGGGAUCCAAGUUUGUGACGUCGACGCUCUCGAACGGGAACCGCGGGCUUCUUCGGGAUUUGGAUUCGUUUGGGAAUUUAGGGUUUAAGAGGAUCUUGUCUGGGGAGGAUUGGAAGGCUUACAAGCCGAACCCAGUCGUGUAUGACGGCGCCGUGACGGCGCUGCUUGGGGAAGGGGCGGAGAAGGGGCAGGUUGCGAUGGUGGCGGCGCAUUUGGGAGAUCUUGCUGCUGCGAGGGGGCGGGGGUUUAAAACUGUUUAUGUUGAGCGGCUGAGGGAGGAGGACUGGGAUGUAGGAAGCCAGCAGUAUGAGGAGGCUAGGGGGUGGGUUGAUGUUUGGGUUAAGGAGGGCGAAGGUGGGUUUGAGGAGGUUGCGAAGAGAUUGGGGGCUUGA